AUGAUUGGUCACUAUUGUAAAUUAGGAUUCGUGAAGGUAUUGGUAAAACUUCUUCAUGGCCCAAAUGAUAGUGGUACACUCUCAGCUGAGAUAGAACAGCACCAAGAGCAAGGUGUGAUGUGUCUGUGUACAAAACAAAUCCAACAUCAUUCCAAAGAUGAGCAAGGAUGGGAGCUGAAGUGA